AUGGAAUUCAACAUGGACACCAGGGAUCAUGUGGCUGUCAAGGUCCUCGACAAGGCAAAGAUUCACAAGAACAAACUAGCUGAACAGGCUAGACAGAAGGAAGCUGCAAAAUUAGUAGCUGAAGCACGAAAAACAGCAUUUGAGGCUGCUAAAAAGGAAGCGGCAGAAAAGGAAGCAGCAGAAAAGGAGGCCGCUAAAUUGAGAGAUGCAACAGCUUCUCAACCUAGUCCGAAUUCCCAGAAUAAUACUGCAGAUGUUGGCGUGUUGUAUUGGCAUUUGGACCCUAAGAAGUCUGAAAGCGAGGAGGAACUAGCAAAAAUCCGCAGAGACAGAGGAUACAGUUACAUGGAUCUUAUUGAGAUAUGUCCCGACAAACUGGAAAAUUAUGAGGAGAAGGUGAAGAACUUCUUCCGUGAGCACAUGCACGCUGACGAAGAGAUCCGCUAUUGCUUGGAGGGCAGCGGGUACUUUGACGUCCGCGACAAAGAUGACAAGUGGAUUCGAAUUCGAAUAAGGGAAGGAGACAUGAUCAUCGUACCAGCUGGAAUUUAUCAUCGGUUCACCCUCGACAGCGCUAAAUACACGAAGCUCAUGAGGCUUUUCAUUGGGGAACCAGUCUGGACCCCAUUAAACCGCCCUGAGGAGGACCACCCGGCGAGGCAAGAGUAUGUCAAGAAUGUGAGUGCGGGCACUGGAUUUGCUCUUGCAGCUCACUUCCUGGCCAACACGAACCUGCCCUCCAAGCCCUUCUAGAGAAUGUGCAACAAAGCUCCACUCCUGGCUGGAUAAACAGUUAUUAGACC